AAUGCCACCCUCUUGGACAGCCAAUGCCUCUUCCCCUCGCCUUUCUUGCUUCUCAUUUUCCACCUCCCAUUUCUCUGUUUCCAUCUUCUUAAAUACUCAGCUUCUGCUGCUCUCUUCCCUGUUCUCUCUUCUCUUCCACCUCCUCUGUUUUCCUCCUCCUGUCUUCGACGUAGGAAACUGCCUUCCGUCCCACCACCUAUUCCCCUGGAGCUUGGAUUAUUUGCUCUCUAAAUCUAAACUCCCUCCUGACAAAUCUAACUUCUUCGUGGCUGCUCCUGCCAAUAUUCUCAUCUUUCUUUCUGCCAAGAUUCAUCACAAAAUCUGAUUUCUUUUUGCCAUAUCUUUCGGCUUCCGGAGUUCCGGCCUACCUCCUCAGAAAACGUUUUCCUCUGUCGACACAUGCAGAACAGGCUGCUCUUGAUGUUUCUGAUAGAUGUCGCCUAUCCUAAGUGAGAUCCUCCUUUCGGGGUUUAUGAUAAAUUCCACACUCAGGCGCCGGACGCAUUUGGUUCAGUCCUUCUCAGUGGUGUUCCUUUACUGGUUCUACGUUUUCUCAUAAACUUGUUUUCAGAUCAUACCACCUAUAUCUCUAUAUAUUUUCCUAUUACCUACUUACCGUCUACAUACAAUCUCGAUCGCAAUAAUAAUCCUCUGCUCAAUAUCUUUUGGGGUGUUGCACUUCCAUUGAUAAUAAUUAAGAAAACUAGUGUAUAUAUAGUUCUGUUAGGUCUCAUGGCCUCUCCUAGUGCUACUUCUUCCGGUUCGAGCCGGAUUGGGCAGUCCCAGUCCGAGGAGGACCUGCAGGCUUUGAUGAACCAGAGGAAGCAGAAGCGAAUGCUGUCGAACCGGGAGUCAGCGCGCCGCUCCAGAAUGAGGAAACAGAAGCAUUUGGAUGAUCUAACGGCGCAGGUGAGCCAGCUGAGGAAGGAGAACGGCCAGAUCCUGACCUCCCUCAGCGUCACCACGCAGCACUACGUCGGCGUGGAAGCCGAGAACUCCGUGCUCAGGGCCCAAACGAUGGAACUCACCGCAACGCUGCAGUCACUGAGUCAGAUCCUUCACUACAUGCGUGGUAUCGGCAGCGCUAUCGGUGACUUGGUUCAGCCGUCGGAUACCUUCGUGAGGCCAUGGAACUUGAUGGGUGCGAACCAGCCCAUGAUGAUGGCCUCCGCAGAGACGUCUCAGCUGUACUGUUAGACCGCUAUCACGGGGGCCUCAGGAGGGACCCUUUUUUUUGGACUGAUCUUUUUGGUAGUGUAAUUCGUGAUGCAUCAUGGUCCUAUGCUACCGUGAUGUUCACUAUCUUGGGGUGUGAUCGAGCGAUGGGCAGAAGAAGAAGAUCUCCAACCCUAAGAAUCUCUUUGGUGUGGACCAGUGAGUGAAGAUAAAAAAAGAAGAAGAAAUUAAAGACGGAAGGAAAACCACGGAGGCGGAGAAAGUGACCUUAACAGGGAACUGUGCACCCAAGUUUUUAUUCUGGUCUCCAUGUCAUGUGGGUUACUAUCCAAAGCAGUCGAGUGUAAUCAAAUCCUUCUCUUUGUUUUCUAUCUAA